AUGGAUCACGCUCGGGUCAAAGCCCUCAAGGGAAACGGGAAAACCGUGUCUAAAAAAGCCAUCAAGUCGGGUCGCGCUUCCGCCAAUUUGACGCCUCGUGGCUCUCCUUUCGCUUCGCUUCUUACGUCACCUGCGCAUUCCACAGCCCCCAGUCGGGCCGCCUCUGACGAGAGUGAAGAUGAGUUCGAGUACGACGAUACCAUGAGCAUUGCCUCCGGAAGCUCUCUAGUCGACACGAAUGAGGAUGGUACCAACACUUUCGACGCCAAGCAGUUUAUGGAGGAACUUCAGGAUCGCAAAAACAACAACAGCGAUGCCCGAACUCAACUGCUGGAACUCUACAUCAAGGUUCUGCGACACAGGUUCGCGCCAGCAACUCACGAGUGGCUUGACGAGUCAGCCAACGAACUUGCCGAACUAUUCAUUCGUGGCGCCAACCGUGGCAUGGAAGCCAGAGAGCGACUGCUGUAUCUCCAGGCUUAUCUUUUGACCCUCAGUUGCUCUGAGGAGGCCAAUGUAUACGAGCACGCCGAAGCAACCCUGAAGCAGAUCAUAGCCGAUGACGAUGAUGAAGAAUGCAAGGCAUUUGGCAUCUACGCGCUGUGCUUCACCGUGCUCUAUGGCGGCGGUGGCGAGACAGAGGGUCUCGAGUUGCUUGACUACCUGUACGCUAUUGUAGAGUCUGAUGGAGACAACAUCGACUCCUAUGACAAUGGUUUCAUUGUCGCAGCCGCCCUGCGUGGUUGGGCCUUCGUCGCUAGCCAUGUGGACGAUUUCUCAUACGCGGCCACAAUGGCUUUGGACGGAUUGUACGAACAGCUUGACAGCGUCGAUAUUGGAGUUCAGGCCAAUGCCGCUUCCUGUAUCGCGCUAAUCUUUGAGGCAUCGCGAAACCACGAGGAGGAAACAGGAGAGUCUUGGGACCUCCCUGUCAAUCCCGAGAAGCUCACAGGUCGCAUGUCAGAGCUCGCCAAGCAGAGCUCCAAGUCUAGAUCCAAGAAAGACCGCCGCGACCUGCGAGAUAGUCUUAUUAGCGCCAUCACUUCUCUCGAAAAGGGUGUCGGACCAGGAUACUCAUCCGCUGGAUAUGCGCCGCAAAAGGGUGAACGUGUUACUUCCAAGCCAAAUGAGGACGGUGUGGUCGAGUUUGGAUACCGUCACAAGCUUCGCCUCGGCAACUACGUGGCUAUUAUCGAUUCAUGGUCACUCUCUUCCAGGAUCGACAUGAUGAGACUUCUUUUUGGAGGUCACCUACAAAAACAUAUCUUCGAAAACCCUGUUGUGGCCGAGUGUCUCAGCGAUGCCGACUUCAGCGAUCAAGCUCCCGGUGUUAAGAAGACCAAAUAA